GAGAAUUGCUUUUGCGGGAACCAGCUUCCCACUGGGAACAUGUUGAACAAUGUUGAAUGUGUGAUUAUUGCAGUUAUUGCCAGGAAUAAAACGUUUUCUAAAAGUGUAUUUUUGAAGCUAUAAUAUAUUGUUCUUUGAAAUUUAUAUCAUAUUUAUAAUUCAGCCCGUGAACCUGUUAUUUCUAUAUAUUUAUAUAAAACCAUGGCGGUACAACCUAAUCAACAAUUUCAAAUGGAUCCACCAGGACAACAAAGCUUCGUUAGAUUCUUUAAAAAUCUGCCGGAGAAACUCAAUACGACCAUACGGUUUUUCAAUAGAUCAGAUUAUUAUACACUGCAUGGUAGUGAUGCUCUUUUUGCUGCUCAAGAAGUUUUUAAAACCACAUCAGUUUGCAAAAUGAUAGGAUCAGAUCCAUACAAAACGGAGGGAGUUAUUCUCAAUAAAAACCAUUUUGAAACUUUUAUACGUGACUUAUUACUAGUGAAGCAAUACAGAGUAGAAGUCUAUGUCAAUCAAGGUUCAGCAAAAAAUCAUAACUGGGUACUGGAGCACAAAGGCUCCCCUGGUAAUUUAGCUCAGUUUGAAGAUGUACUAUUUGGUAAUAAUGAUAUUGCAGUGAGCAUACGUGUAAUAGCAGUAAAACUGGGAGUGGAUGGGAAAUCCAGAAUGAUUGGUUUAAGCUGUGCAGAUACUACUGCAACUUUAUUUUCUGUUUGUGAAUUUCAAGAAAAUGAAUCAUUUUCUAAUCUAGAAUCCUUGGUUGUUACACUUGCUCCUAAAGAAUGUUUAUUAAUUCAAGGCGAAGGCAGUUAUGAAUUUCAAACUCUGAAACAAUUAAUGGAACGAAAUAACGUAAUGGUCACUUUAAGAAAAAAGAGUGAAUUUUCCAGUGAGUCAAUUGUGCAAGAUUUAAACACUUUAAUAAAAUUCAAGAAAGGUCAACAGCAAAGUGUGCAAUCGUUGCCUGAAGUCAGUUUAAGCCUUGCUAUGUCAGCUACUUCUGCUCUUAUUAAAUAUUUGGAUCUGACGUCGGAUGAAGGAAAUUUAAAUCAAUUCAGUAUAAAUCAAAUAGAACAUUCACGUUAUUUAAAAUUAGACGCGGCUGCUAUAAAAGCACUUAAUAUUGAACCACGCAUUGAUACUCCCUCUGCAUUGAGUGGAAAUGCACCAACAAGUAUUUUAACACUUUUGGAUAAAUGUAGAACUCCCCAAGGCCAUAGACUUCUGGCACAAUGGGUUAGACAGCCUCUUAAAGACUUAUCCCUUAUAAAGGAGAGACACGACAUUGUGGAAGCAUUGGUAACUGAUAAUAACUUACGAUCUGGGCUUAGUGAUGACCACUUAAGACGUGUACCAGAUUUACAAAUACUUGCAAAAAAAUUGUCCAGAAAAAAAGCGAAUUUGCAAGAUUGUUACAAAAUCUACAUGAGUAUGACACAUCUACCAACACUAGUAGAACACCUAUCUAUUGUAAAUAUAGUAGCUUUAAAAACAAUGUUUACUGAUCCCCUAACUGAACUUCUUAACGACAUGGAUAAGUAUCAGCAGAUGGUUGAACAGACAGUUGAUUUGGAAGCUGCUGAAAAAGGAGACUUUUUAGUCCGACCAGAAUUUGAUAAUGAAUUAAAAGAGUUAAAGAUCAUUAUGGACGAAAUUGAGACGACAUUACAAGUACAGUUGGGUAAAGUUGCUAAUGAUCUCUCAAUUGAAGCUGGCAAAACAUUGAAGUUGGAAUCCAAUCAACAAUUGGGAUAUUAUUUUCGCAUCACGUUGAAGGAAGAAAAGGUGCUAAGAAAUAAAAAACAAUACACUAUUUUAGAUUCUAAUAAGGGCGGUAUACGAUUCCGAAGUAGUAGACUCAGCGAUUUAAAUGAUGCGUACAUUACUGCUAGAGAUAAAUAUACAGUAGAACAGAAAAAAGUUGUGGCAGAAAUAAUUGAGAUUGCAGCCGGUUAUUGCGGCACCGUAAAAGCUAUUGGAGAUGUACUGGCUUGCCUAGAUGUACUCACUGCAUUUGCUUCUGCUGCUGUAAGUGCCAAUAAACCUUAUGUUCGCCCUGAAAUGCUACCUAGCGAAACAGGUGAAUUGAACCUUGUCCAGGUUCGACAUCCGUGUGUAGAAGUUCAAGAAGGAAUAAACUAUAUAGCCAAUAAUAUUAAUUUUAAAAGAGGAGAAUGCCACUUCUGUAUUAUAACUGGUCCAAAUAUGGGAGGUAAAAGCACAUACAUAAGGUCUGCUGGCGUCGCUGCAUUAAUGGCACACAUUGGAAGUUUUGUACCUUGUGAUGAAGCAAAAAUAUCAUUACUAGACUGUAUAUUAGCCCGCGUAGGUGCUGAUGACUCACAACUAAAAGGACUUUCUACGUUUAUGAUGGAAAUGAUAGAAACUGCCGCCAUAUUAAAGACAGCAACGUGUAAUUCUCUUGUAUUAAUUGAUGAGUUAGGAAGAGGUACAUCAACUUAUGAAGGUUGCGGCAUAGCAUGGUCACUUGCCGAGUAUUUAGCAAAGGAUGUUAAAUGUUAUUGUCUUUUUGCAACACAUUUCCAUGAAAUUACUAAAUUGGAAGAAGAAGAAACCGCUGUUAAAAAUCAACACGUUACAGCUCUUGUUGACGACAACAAGUUGACGUUAUUAUAUGAAGUCAAACCAGGCGUCUGCGACCAAAGUUUUGGAAUACAUGUUGCGAAAAUGGCCAACUUUCCUCAAGAAGUCGUAGAGUUUGCCAAACGUAAGCAAGCCGAACUCGAAGAUUACCAAGGUUCGGUUUUUGAAGGAUCUGAUGAUCCACACAAAAGACAAAAAAUCAUUAAGGAAGCUGAAGAACUUAUUACAGAAUUUGUUAAUAAAUGCAAGACAUUAGAUAAAUCGUUAUCCAAUGAAGACUUGGAAAACAAGAUCUCAGCAUUCAGAGAAAAAGUUUUAUCUCAUAAAAAUCCUUACAUAGAAACACUUCUUGUGGCUUCAUAAAUGAAAUGUAA